CAUCCAUAAUAAAUGAUUUGUAAAGGUCGUAAAAAUGUGAAAUAACAUUGAAUGUAGCAAAGAUUAUCGGCUAAAAACAACGCUAACAUGACAAAACUGCUUUAUUUAGCUAUUUUCAUAGUUUUCCUAUUUUGUUGGGAAGGACUGGUGUCAGCGCACGAAAACUGCGACAAUAAAGAGGGGAAAUGUGAUGCUCAUAGCAGAACUAGACGACGAGCACCAUCAACUCCUCCAAAAUCAUGCGGCGAAGGAUCCAAAACACCCCAACAGGCUGAGAAAAUCCUAAACAGUUAUGAGGGCACAUUUCAACUYAACUCYUUCAACAAAGAAGAYAUGAAAAACAAAAGCAACUUUGUGAAGGCAGCGCGUAAUCUUAUACCAGCCAUGUGUAAAAACAUGACAGUUGGAGGAUCUCCAUUGACGGCAUCAUCAAGCCUUUAUACUUGGMUWCAUGUUCAAAGGAAACCAUGCAACGAGACUACGRGCUCUCUUAGUGAAGUACCUUGUCAGAACUGCUCCAAAGUAGGCAAGUACAAGGUUAUGGAAGAUGUGCUGGUCAAUAACUCUCAGUGGAAUUGCACGCAGGACAAUGGGAAUAGCUGUGAAGGCGUGUGCAUAGGAUCAGUACGCAUGCGUGACGAUUUGCUGUCCAAUUCCUCUUCCAAUUGYUCGUCCAACGUCAUUGAUGUCCAAAUCUUCAACCCAACUACCAGCACACCAGUCCAUUCUGACACAAGUCAAACAGUCAUGGCCAUACAGUUAGAAUUUGACAAAGGUGAUCGUCAAUAUUCAAGUUCCAGAUUUAAGUGUGCUUUAUGGAGAGACGACAUUAAACAUUGGGAUACAUCGCGCUGCACACUCAUGGUUGUGCCCAAGGAAAAAGGACAAAAUCGAUCUUUGGCAAACUGCAACUGCACAAGUCUAGGACCUGUUUGCAUAGUUCCAACUGAAGUUGUAGGUAUUUCACCCACUCAAACAGUGACGACUACUCGCAGCCAAUCAGGAACGGCCACCCCCRGUCAACGARCACCGACUGCUUCUCGUCAAUCUGAGUCUACUACUCCUAGCCAAUCAGUAACGGCUUCUCCUAGCCAGUCAGUCACGGCUUUUCCUAGCCAGUCAGUAACGGCUUCUCCUAGCCAAUCAGUAACGGCUUCUCCUAGCCAAUCGGUUGCAACUUCUUCUAGCCAAUCAGCGACGACUGCUCCCACAGAAUCAGGGACAAAUGCUUCUAUUCCAGCCACCACAAGCUCCAGCGAAGCAUCCGGCAAUAAUGGUAAAUUACAAUGUUCUAUCACAUAUCCUGGAGACUGUCAGUCCAUCAUCAAUACAGAUAAAAAGCAAGAAUUGAUUAAUCAGACAACAGGGACGAUAGCUCAGCAAUUAUCAGUUGGAAAAAAUCAAAUCAAAGAAGUCAAUGUGACAUGUGGUAGUAUCAUUAUCAUUUUCACCAUCACGGGACUCAACUCAAGCACACUUGAUGAAAAGAAAAAUCUUUUCAAUUCCAUGAUAUCGUCAAAGGGCCUUGUCAUCAAUUUUKCCGAUGGAACUAAGCUAGUGCCAUCAAAGGCUGGYAUUGGAGUAUCGGUAGGCAAUCUUACGUUURUCAUUGCCACUCCAACAACUGUACCUCCAACAACACGUGAACGUUUCAAGCUCGAGUUCGACUAUCGUCCACUAAUGUUUACCAUGGCAUUUGUGGUCUUAGCAGUCGUUCUGUGCAUAUGUAUUUCUUGCAUUGUCCACUCGUACUGGCUAAAGAAGGAAAAGUUUACCAAGUACAAUAGUAUGACUCCUAAAGAGUACGAGAAGAAAAUGAAAGAAAGAGAAGAUAAAGACAGGAUGAAAGAAGUAGAAGAAGUUCCAAUGGCAGCUCUAGGAACAUCAAGAAAGGUUGCACCUACUAACUAUGAAAUGAGCCAUGAAACCAUGCCCAAGAUMAAUGAGAGGAAUUUUACUAACUAUCACUGGGCACAAACAUCGUUUGUCCCUCCUCCUGGUAUAGAAACAGAGCCUGAAAGCCCUGAUGCACCAAAACUUAUCCUUGAUGACUCUGAAUCAGACACUGAUGGAGAAGACAAUAAAGGAUACGAAUCUGAUGGAGCAAAGCCUGUUCCAAGAGCAGUGUCUCAUCUCAGCCUUGCAAAAGACAAGAAUGUACUAGGCAGUAGUUCUAGCGACAGCAUGAGUAAUGUUGUACCUCCAUUGUAUGAGAACAUUGACAGUGAGGAACAUUUGUACGAUAGCAUCAAAGAACGCUAAAAUCAAUCAAACCAAUGACUUGUCUUGA